AUGAAGAGCUCUAUCCAGUUAAUCUCUACGCUUUUCUUCUUAGUUAUACUUGUUCUCGCACCAGGUAUGAUGAAGAUGGUUGAAGGACAACAAAUGUGCGAAACUCAAAGCAUAAACUUUAGGGGAAUGUGUACGAAAUGGAGGAACUGCCAACGAGUAUGUAUGAGCGAAGGUUUUCCUGACGGUCGAUGCAAAGGAUUUAUUCGCAAAUGCAUUUGCACGAAGCCUUGUCCUGUUUCUACUUAAAAAUUUUAAAAAUUAUUGAAUUAAAGACAUGUACU